UUUGGUGAUGUGGGGCUUAGCAUAAGUGACUCCAUUUUGGACAUGUUGUCUUGUUUUUAACAGUUUGUUUCCAUCUUUGUUUGGAGUUAGCAAGAAUUCAGGAGUCUCAAUCAUCUGGAUGCUUUAUGGAUUUUUAUAACCAUGAAAUUAUCUUACUUUUAUGUGGUGCUUGGAACUUCCCAAGUUUAUUCACAACUGCUUCUCACAGCAAGAUUACCUUGUCUUACAGAAUUAGAAAUGACUGCUCAGAGAGGUUAAAUGACUUACUUGAGGCCACCCAGCUGUGAGGGGGCAGCAGUCUUCUCACUCGGGUCUCAGCUCCCUCCCCCUUGUUCUUGCCACCCUAAGUGACAGAGGGGCCCAAGGAAGACACACUCCUGCCCUGUCUCGGCAGGGCCUGGGGGGGCCAUGUCCCUCAUCCCAUGGCUCCGGUGGAACGAGUCUCCGCCGCGGCUGUCGUCUCGGAGUCCGGCUCAGAUGGUGCUGGAGACACUCAUGGUGGAGCUGGAGGGGCAGAUGCGAGAGGCUGAGAGGCAGCAGUGGGAGCGCAGCAAUGCCGUCAGGAAGAUCUGCACUGGAGUGGACUACAGCUGGCUGGCCAGCGCGCCCCGGCCCACCUACGACCUCAGCCCCGGGGAGAGGCUGCAACUAGAGGACGUCUGCGCCAAGAUCCACCCAUCCUACUGUGGGCCCGCCAUCCUCAGGUUCCGGCAGCUGAUGGCAGAGCAGGAGCCCGAGGUGCAGGAGGUGUCCCGGCUCUUCCGCUCGGUGCUGCAGGAAGUCCUGGAGAGGAUGAAGCAGGAGGAGGCGGCGCACAAGCUGACCCGUCAGUGGAGCCUGCGGCCCCGCAGCAGCCUGGCCACCUUCAGGAGCCGCGCGCGCAUCACCCCCUUCGCCAGCGACAUCCGCACCAUCUCCCAGGACGUGGAGCGGGACGCGCCGCCGCUGCACCGUACCUGGAGCAUGCCAGAGUUCCGGGCACAAAAAGAGGACUGACCCCGCCUCUCCUGCCUGGGAGCAGAGCCACCUCGGGCGGGGGGCGGGGGCGGGC